AUGUUCAAGGCCUUUGGUGAUGAUGCCGUGUACCUGACCAUGGCUUCUUGCCCGGAGCUGGAGGACGCCCCACGGGCCUGCUUGGAGGGGGCCGCCAGCCCCCCGUGCACAGGGCCCGCAGGGGCCGAGGACACCCGCAGACAGGAACCCGGCGCCCCCGGAGCCGAGACGGAACUUGCACUGGCCUGCUCCACUGUGGCUCUGGUGGAGGAGCCCGCGGAGGAGGGAGACCCCUGGGACCUGCCUGCCCUUCAGGACAAGGGCAUCAAGUGGGCAGACAGGGACACCAGAGGGAAGUUUCUCUGCGUCUUCCAAAGGGCCGGGAAAUUCGUCUUGCUCCUGGCGUUCCUCUACUUGUUCGUGUGCUCCCUGGACGUGCUCAGCAGCGCCUUCCAGCUGGUGGGAGGGAAGCUCGCCGGACAGUUCCUGAGCAACAACUCUGUUAUGUCCAACCCCGUGGCGGGGCUGGUGAUCGGGGUGCUGGUCACAGUCAUGGUGCAGAGCUCCAGCACGUCUUCGUCCAUCAUCGUGAGCAUGGUGGCCUCCUCGCUGCUGACCGUGAGGACCGCCAUCCCCAUUGUCAUGGGGGCCAACAUCGGGACCUCCAUCACCAACACCAUCGUGGCGCUCAUGCAGGCAGGAGACCGCAGUGAGUUCCGGAGGGCUUUUGCAGGUGCCACCGUCCACGACUUCUUCAACUGGCUCACUGUGCUUGUACUCCUGCCUGUCGAGGCUGCUACCCAUUACCUGGAGAUCCUGACCAACGCGGUGCUAGAGAGCUUCCACUUGAAGAAUGGGGAAGACGAACCAUCACUCCUGAAAGUCAUCACAGAUCCUUUCACAAAGCUCAUUGUCCAGCUGGAUAAAAAAGUGAUCGGCCAGAUUGCGAUGAAUGACAUGUCAGUAGAAAACAAGAGUCUGGUCAAGAUUUGGUGCAAAACGUUGACCAAUGUGACUCAGGUGAAUGUCACCGUCCCCGUACCUGAGAACUGCACCGCCCCUUCCCUCUGCUGGACGGACGGUGUCUCCACCUGGACCAUCAAGACUGUAUCCUACAAGGAGAACAUCGCCAAGUGUGAGCACAUCUUUGUGAAUUUCAACCUCCCAGACUAUGCUGUUGGCAUCAUCCUGCUGAUCGCCUCCCUGCUGGUCCUCUGUGGCUGCCUGAUCAUGAUCGUCAAAAUCCUGGGUUCUAUGAUCAAGGGGCAGGUAGCUGUUGUCAUUAAGAAGACCAUCAACACUGAUUUCCCCUUCCCCUUCGCCUGGGUGACCGGCUACCUGGCCAUCCUUGUGGGAGCCGGCAUGACCUUCAUCGUGCAGAGCAGCUCCGUGUUCACAUCGGCCAUGACCCCGCUGAUUGGCAUCGGCGUCAUCUCCAUCGAGAGGGCCUAUCCGCUCACGCUGGGCUCCAAUAUCGGCACCACCACCACCGCCAUCCUGGCCGCCCUAGCCAGCCCAGGCAACACCCUGAGGAGCUCACUCCAGAUUGCCCUGUGCCACUUCUUCUUCAACAUCUCCGGCAUCUUGCUGUGGUACCCCAUCCCGUUCACCCGCCUGCCCGUCUACAUGGCCAAGGCGCUGGGCACCAUCUCAGCCAAGUACCGCUGGUUUGCCGUCUUCUACCUGAUCGUCUUCUUCUUCCUGGUCCCCCUGGCAGUGCUGGGUCUUUCGCUGGCCGGGUGGCAGGUGCUGGUGGGUGUGGGGGUGCCCAUCAUCCUCGUGGUCCUUCUGGUGGUGAUCAUCAAGCUCCUACAGUCCUGCUGCCCCAGCGUCCUGCCCAAGAAGCUGCGGACCUGUCACUGCCUGCCCCUGUGGAUGCGCUCGCUUGAGCCCUGGGAUGGCCUGGUCUCCAGCUGCUGGCAGAGGUGCUGCUGCUGCUGCUGCUGCUGCUCCCAGGGCAACAAGUCCUGUGAGGACUUGGAGGAGGUGGAGACCAACUCCUUUGUAGGCUUUGAUAACUUGACAAUGGGCAGAGAGGCCCAGGAUGGAGCCCCGAUGUCUGGAAUGAACCCGCUGGGCAUGCACGCUGUCAGCAAGAGCACAGCUUUGUAG